AACAACUUCCAUACUAUUCUUAAGUGGCAGCUCCUCGGAAACUGCGGUUGGGACCACUCCAUCCUCUGCUGGCUGCUUUUGAAGUGCUGGAUCAAAAGCCACAAUCUCCAUUGUUGGCUGCUGUGGAAGUGUUGGAGGAGGAGUAACUCCAGCCUUCUCCACUGCUGGAGUCUUCUAGAGCUCAGCUGGCUGUUGCGGAAGUGCCGGAGCACG